AUUGAAAUCGAUUUGCAACUAUGUUCGCUCAACGUAACUUUUUCAAUUUGGCAAUUGUCUUUUCUGCCUUGGCAUCUGUUGCCUUUGGUCAACGUGACACUUCUUUCCCAGCUUGUGAUAACGGACCGAAUGAUCACAAGAUGACAAAGUACGGUACAAGUUACGGUUGGUUCACUUCUGAUGAUCCUGUAGCUUACGUUGCUUCAGGAAAAGGAGCUUGCGGUCAAGUUUAUACUGAUCAAUCCAAUGUCGUUUGUUUGGCUCCCGGUCAUGUUAAUUCAGCAAAUGUUAACGGUUGCAAUAAAUGGGUUCAAAUUCGAAACGAUGCAAACGGUGCUACCACUCAAGCAAGAGUUUUAGAUGCAUGUGGUGCUCUUCCCAACACUACUUUCGGAUGCAAUGACCUGUUCUUGUCGAAGCGAGCCUUCGAGCAACUUGCAGGCAAUCAACGUCAAGCUGCACUUGCAGCAGGACACUUGGAAGGAAACGUUACCUGGAAUUUCAUCACUGAGAGCUGUUGGGGAUGUUAUGCUGGCUUCCCAGGUAAAUUGCUCGAUGGAUCUACUGAUCCUUGCACUGGUCAAGAUUCUGCAGGAUUCUUGCGUUGCGGCAGAAAGGGUGGAGCUCAAAGAAUCGUUGGUGCAGAAUCUGCUGAAGUUUGCAACAUUGAUAUUCAAACCUGUGAUGAAGCUAACACAAUCGCAAAAGGUAUCUAUGCUCGUCAUUCAACAACCAGUAAGCGUUCUGCAGUUGUAAAGAGGGAUGUUUAAAUAAUUUUCCGCUCAGGACUUUCAUAGCUUUGUUGUCUUCUCAAAGUUUAAUUGAUGUUAUUUCUUGAAUUUCACUUAAUCUCUCCACUUUUAC